AUGUCUUAUACAGAAGAUCAUAAUUCAUAUGUAGAAUCGCCCAUAGAUUUAAAACCUCCUCCAUUCCCAACCAAUUUUACUUCAACUUCAUCAAAAUGUAUAGAUUUGUCAAUCGCAAAAAAGAGUCUCGAUGUUGCAAAACAAGGGUUCCAAAAGUUAAAGCUAAAAGAUUUAUCUGCAAAAGGAUUGGAAGUAACCAAAUAUGGUGAAGAUAUGUUAGAAGAAAUUCAACAAUUGUUAUCUAACGGUUCUCGUUCCAAAGAAACAAAUGAUCAGUCUAGUGAAUGUGAAAAGGAUGAGAAUAAAGUAAAUCUUAAAUUCCAAAAAUUUAUUGAAGAUUCCGCAGAUUUUCAAAAUUUUACGGAUUGUCUUUGGAAUAUCUUUCUUUUACUUGACAAUGUUGGUACGCUUGAGGCACGCGAUGCAAUUAAUAAAUUGAAGGUAGCAAUCAAGAACUGGAAAUCUAAACAAGGUGGUUGGAAUCUAAUUAGAAGUAAAACUUUUUCCUUUGUCAAAUUUCUUUCGAUUCCUAGAAGACGAUUUGAUAAUAAAUUUAAGAUCAAUGAAGAUGAUCUUUUGGAUGGUGAGAUAGUUAGAGGAAGUAAAAGUCAUAUAUCUCAACGAAUUUAUCAAAAAUAUACCAAAGUUGCUGAAAAGACUGUUGAUAAAUGUGAUGAUGCACUUGAAUUGAAGAAAGAAAUUAAAUUUAUGCAAGAACUUAAUUCUAAUUUAACGCCAGAUAAUAAACUGUUAAUUGCGUGUGGAAUUGCCAACGCAUUGAAUUAUUGUCAUGAAAGGGAUAUUUUACAUGGUGAUAUUAGAACUUCUAAUAUAUUGCUGGAUGAAUAUUUACAUCCUAAACUAUAUAAUUUCCAAAUUCCUAAAGAAUCUUCGACGCCAACAUCAGCUAUUCCGAUUGAUAUGCUAAUUUGGAGUUCACCAGAAAGAAUUCGCGUUAUGUGGGCGAUUGAAUAUCAACAAUUACCCUUCGAUGCCUUAACCUCGGAGGAAGAAAUUAAACAAACAAUACUUGACGAAAACCGUCCUAAACUUACUUCAAAAGAUGGUAUUCCAGCCGAAUACCAAGACCUUAUUAAAAAAUCCUGGUCUCAAGAUCCUUCUUCACGUCAGGCUAUGAAAUUAAUCUUCGAACAUCUAAAUAAACUAAUAAAUUCUUCUGGGAAAGAUGCUUAUGACGAUUUUGAUAGCACUGAACAUAUAGAUCCAUCAAAUUAUGAAAUUUUAAGACGUAGUUACAAUCGAUCUAGUCAAUAUUCAGUCCAAUAUAAAAACAUAGAACAAGGUAUUGAGUUUCACAAAAAUAAGAAAUACAAAGAUGCAUGGGAAAUAUUUCAAAGUUGUUAUGAAACCAAACCAGAAGAUCCAAAUUCAAAUUUCUGGAUUGGAUUUUAUUAUAUUAAGGGUUUUGGUAAAAAAGAUGUUAAAAAAGGCAUGGAGUUCCUUAAAAAAGCAUCAGAUUUACGACAUCCGGAAGCGCAAUAUUGGUAUGCAUUAACUUUGUUAAAUGGUCCUGUUCCAUUUGAGGGUGAUAGGUACAUGACCGCGGUGAAAUAUUUGAAAAAUUCGGCGAAGCAAAAUAAUUAUUUAGCGUUGGAAAAAUGGGGACAAAUUGUGCUGAAGGGACAAUAUUAUCAAAAAGCAGAUCCUCCAAUUGGAAGAGCGUUGAUUGAUAAAGCUAAUAAGAUUAAAAUGGAAAAUAGAAAACCUACCAUCUAA